AAAAGAGCUAAAAUUAAGUUUAAAGAAAUUGGAGAGGGCUCAUACGGACUGUACAUUUAAAAACCUUGGGAUCUACAGUCUAAAGAUCUUGGUAAAUGGAGUUCCAUUCAAAGAUUUACCUGAAAUGGAAUGCGUAGAACAUGAAACAAAUUCAAUUGAUAAUGGUGACAAAUAUGAAGAAGAAGAGACUUUCUUCUGUAAUGGAGAGGAAUAUUCUGAAACUGAAGACGAAUAUGGUUCAUCGGAUGCGUAUAUGGAAGACGACGAUGGUGAAGAAUUUGGGAGCGAUUGCCUGGAGUCUGACGAGUCAAGUAGUUUUAUUGUCCGAGGAUUUCCUAAUGGUACCCCGCCUAACAGCAUAAAAAAAUAUUUCAUUGAAAUGUUGGUGACAGGAGAAGAUAACGUGUGUGAAGUACAGAUGAAUGAGGAAGAAGGAUGGUGUGAGAUUGUCUUUUCUAACACAGAUGUUAUGAAAAGGUUCUCUGGUCGGAGACUGAAAUUCGAAGAUCAUGAUUUGACAAUAGAAAUGCAAAACUGCGAGAUUUUUAGCCCAUUAAAAAUUGCAAACUUAGAUACGAAUAAAAUGAAGUUCCUCCUAGGAUCAGCAUUAAGCAAGGAAGUUCUAGACGAACGCCUUCGACAGUUAGAUGCCAACAUACAAUGGUCGUCCAGUAUCCAUGAUGAAAGCUCUUUGACUAUUGAAUGCUGUUUGACUCCUGAUAUAAAAGACUUUAAAAAGAAAGCAAAAACCUGGCCAAAAUGCAUUGAAAGAGCCGUAAAACAGUUUUUAGAAACAUUAUAUGUUACAGAAGAGAAAAUUAAAGAAGACGAAUGGGAUUUUCUUGAAAAGCGAGUCAGUGAAAUCCGAGUUACGAACGACAAAAGAGUGUUUAUUCGUGAAGAUAAAACAAGGUUUUAUGUUGUGAUUGUUGGGUACAAGAUUCCUUUCAUUGAUGCAACUAAUAAAGUUCGACUGUUUACAGCAGACGUCACGGUAAAUGAAAGGCUCGAAAAGUUCGAAAUACAUUUACUAUCCAAUGGAAAGGUCCUGGAUGAUAUAUGCAAAGAUUUCAAAGGAAUAAAAAUUAUUCCAAAUGGCGACAGAAACAUCGUAGAAUUUUCUGGAACUGCUGGGAUUGUAGCAGUUGCAAAACAGCAAAUGAAUGACGCCCUUCAAAAAGUAACAGAAGUACCGAUUUGUGGAUUUUCGCCUGAAAAGAUAGCGUUUCUUCAAACGCCUGUUGUAAAAUUAGAAUUGGAUAAUCUACUGAAGGGAAAUGGAAUUCUUGGUGCAUGGAAAGUAAAAAAUGACAACACAUUAGUGAUGUAUUCUUUCACGAAAACUUCGGCUCAGAGUGCAGCACAUUUAGUCGAAGACUCUGUAGUGGAAGUUUCCAUUGAUGUUGAUACACAACCAGACAAAAAAGAGUGGAAUAAGGAGGUAGAGCAUAUGAAGAAAAAGAAAGGUGGCCAUGUCAAUAUUGUGACAACUGACAAUAACAAAGUUAUAAUAUUUGCAAUUCCGAAAAACAAUGCAAAAGCGAUUGAGGAGCACGUCAAAAUCUUUCACAAAUAUCCGGACAAGAAGGUACGAGGUACAACACAUUUUAGCACAGAAACAGGUCAGACAAUUACCACAAUAGUCGGCGACAUUACCGAUCUUGAUAACGACGUGAUUGUUUGCAGUUCCAGUAGAUCACUUGAACUCAGUGUUGGUGUUGGACAUGAUCUUGUUAUGAAAGGUGGUGUUGAAAUCCAAAAAGAAUGUAAGGAUUACCUUGCAAAGAAGCAAAACAAACAACUUGAUGAAGAUGAAGUUUUUUGCAGCUCUGCGGGCAAGCUGAAAGGUAAAAUGGUCGCCCAUGUCGGUGGUAAAUCAUGGUCAAAUGAUCAUGAGAAAGAAAAAAAAUCCCUUGUGAGGGUUGUGCAGGAGGCCAUGAGAAAGACCCAAGAAAAGAAUUUUACAAGCUUUGCGAUACCUGCAUUAUACACAGGUCAUUCUGGGUUUCCCGUUAAAGAGAUAACAGAGUGGAUAGUGGAGGCCAUUGACAACUUUCUUCAAUCACAUGGUAAACAGACUAGCCUUCAGAACAUUUAUCUCUGUGAUAUUAAGAAGACUACUGUGGACAGUUUUGUAACGGCUUUAAGAAAAUAUUAUAGCCUUACGUAUGAAAGAGAAUAGAAAUAUCCUCUCAUUUAACGUCGUAUUAGCAUGUUAAUUUCUAAAUGUACGUGCAUGUACUUAUAGCUGUUACUUUCAAACAAUUUCAAUAUUCAUAUUCGUAUAAUUUGCAUUUGUGUGGCAUUCUGUUGUUUUUGAUUGUUCAAUAUGGUAGCAAAAUUUGGAAAAAUUUCUUGGAUGCUUAAAUUUGAGACUUGUGAUGAUUCGGUUGAACACACAUUGUUUGAUACAAUCAAUGAUAUUAGCCGGAUUAAAGAGGUAGACCCGAUUUCCCUCUGUAAUUAUUUCACUCAUAAAGUCAAAAGUUAAAGGUUGUCGAAUUUUACUUGAAUAUGAAAGAGUCUAUAUCAUAUCCUUAAAACAUUUUUUUUUUACAAUUUUACAUAUUUCCAUAAAACUAAACUUCUAUUCAAAGCUGCAUGUUGGUGUUGAAGGCAUUUGUAUACAAAAUUGCAUACUAGUAUUUUACACAUGUUUGCAUCAAAGGACGUGAAGUCUCGCUAAACAAAUUAAAAAAAAAUAUAUCCCAAAAGUAAAAUAACAAAAAUACCGAACUCCAAAGGAAAAUUCAGAACGGAAAGUCCCUAAUCAAAUGGCAAAAUCAAAAGCUCAAACACAUCAAACGAAUGGAAAACAACUGUCAUAUUCCUGACUUGGUACUGUCAUUUCCUUAUGUAAAAAAUGGUGGAUUAAACCUGGUUUUAUAGCUAGCUAAACCUCUCACUUGUAUGACAGUCACAUAAAAUUCCAUUAUAUUGACAACAAUGUGUGAACAAAACAAACAGACAUAAUAGGUAAAAAUGUCAAAAAUAGGGGUACAGCAGUCAACAUUGUGUUAUAAUCUUAAUCACUAUAAAAACAAACAAAUAUGUCAACAAAGAAAAACAAAAUGGCAUAUAGACAAAGCAUAUAAGCAAAAAUAAAAGACAAGAAUACAAAAAUUUACCAUAGCACAAUAACACAACGACGGGAUGUAUAAGUUCCCAGCCACGCCAAAGGGAUAUUACCAAAAAUGGACUAAUCAGUAAAGGUAAUAAUUUACAAAGACAAAUAAAAGAACACUUUUAACACAUAAUUAAGAUGAUAAACAACGUCAGUACCUUGAAUCUAUACUUCAAGACAGUCAUGUAUUAUUUGUGAAGUUGAUACGGAAUAUGUAUCAACAAGGUCUUGGCAAAAGACAAUACAUAGCAUUAAUUCGAACAUGAUUUUUGUAUUGUUUAACGAUGUCAUUCUUUUACAUGUUUGGGUGAAAAAGUGUUCUAAACAUUUGCCAGCAUCUGUCAAAAUAGCAGUUUUGAUUUAUCUUCAGACGAUUAUAAUUUGGCAACGUGUUUAAAAAUAAAACAUAAUAAUUUAAUUUAAACCUCGUAGUACACAUAUUAGGCUGCGAGACUAUAAAUUUAAGUAAAGAUUUGAAGACAUUUUGAAAACGGCCAUGGUGUGAAAUGAAUUCAGGGGAAAUUGGUUCUAUCUCUUUGUGUUGUUUGUAACAUUUGUACGGUAUAAACCACGUCCCACCUAAUUUUAAUUAUUAUUGUAGCUACAUACAAAGUGAUGUAAACAAACUGGAGUCUCCAUUGACUUAAUGACGAGUUUGAUUCUUGUAAAUGGUGUUUUAUUUAAUUAAAAACAAUCAGUUUGUUCAAAAUGAUUUCUUUGUAUGAUGCUUUCCUAUAUUCCAAUUAACAAAAUUGAAUGUAAUUUUACUCAAUACACCAAUUUUCCGUUGUUGGUAUAACAAAAGAAUGAUAAGUACAUCAGUUUAUAUUCGAGAUACAGUUGUUUUAAAAAAUCUGAUUGUUUAGGGAAAACAUUGUCUCUUGAUAUUUUAAUAGGGAAAAUAUUAAGUCAAUAAAAUUGAAACGAAGAAAAAUAUACAGUCUCCACACAUAUUGCAAUUUUAAAGACUUCCAAUGAUUGAAUGUUUAUUAUUUUUACAUAUUGUUCUAUUCGUAUGUUAUUUAGCGUAACGGGCGCCAUAGUCAUAAUAAUUAGUCAAUCAUUAUAUAUGGAAUGUAUCACUGACAACAGGCGUAUUUCCCAAAGAGCUAACCGAUUUUAACCUUUAACCGAAAUUUACUGGUUAUCGGUUUUUACCGUCAGCAAAUCAUGACAUGUUUGCCCUUAAGGAGAUCCCGUAUUUCAUUUUCGAUUUGGGGGGAAAAAAUGCUUUGCUCAACGAUUUUGCUUUACAUGCUUGCUUUUCGUAUACGUCAGCAUUUUUGUGUGUUUCAGUGCUCUCUUUUCGGUGAGAGAAUAUUGUGUUUUCGUGGAGAUUUGAUUUUGUGUUUUAAAAAAAUAAAAAGUUUUUUUUUUAAUUA